GGUCAGACGGAUAUUUUUGCGUUUCAUCCGCGGUCACACUGCUUGCAAUUUUUCAUUGUUUAAAACGCAAUAAACAAAAAACAAAAAGUAAUGAAUUUAAGCCAAAGCCACCCACCAUGGCAGACAAUACCAGCAGUGGCUCUAACACAGAUUUUUGACUAUCUGGAGCCCCAGGACAGAAGGUCGGCAGCCAGUGUUUGCUACACCUGGAGACAGUGCCUCUUUCAAAAACGAUAUUUUAAAAACUUUCGCUUUCAAAUCAAUGUGGCGCGCGAUGAUCAGUUAACCUUCUUCCACCGCAGUAUGGCCCAGCUGGCCAGAGAGCUGGUCAUUGUCUUUGACUUUCACAAUGCAUUUCAGAUCCAAAAGAUGCGACGACUUCUUUGCAAAGUGGCUCGUUGUGAAAAUAUCCAAGCGCUGCGAUUUCAAACCCACAACGUAGGACUUGCUGCCGUAGGAAAUAUGCACAGCGAUCACUUUGUGGGCAUAGAACAAUGCUUUGUGGAACCUUUGAAGCUGUUUCUUAACCGCAAGUGCAAGCCCUGUCAUUUGCUGGACCUGGGUGCCAUUGAAGCUCUCACCUACUAUGGUCAGGAGCUGCUUAGGUCCUGCGCCAAGCCCCAGGAGCUACAGCAACUGACACUGGCCAGCCUCAAGUACGAUCCUAGUCACUAUCCAAUACUCUCGCUGGACAUAACGCUGCUGCAGAAGUGUGCUAAUCUUCAGGUGCUGUCCCUGGACUACGACACGCUCACCGAUGAGCUGCUGCACACCAUCCAGGUGCUGCCACUACGAAAAUUUAUCAUAGUAGUCCAUGGCCUGGACAGCGAGGAGCAGGCGAGUGUGUCGGAGUAUGCCUGGGCCAACUUUGCCAGGCAUUUUACAAGCAUUGACCUAGUGCUGACAUUGGUGUACGCCUACGAAGCCAUUGAGCUGCUACAGACACGUGUCCUGCGUCGCCACAUGCCAGUAACCCAUGUGCGGCUGUUGUUCUGUGAGUUCAUGAAUUCCGAGGCCCUCGACUGGAUGUCCCUGAACAACAAGGACACGCUGCGCAGCAUCUACUAUAUGGAUUCUGCGUAUAAGCAUAACAAUCGCUUGGACUACCGUCACAACUUUCUGCGCCAGGACCCCUUCGUAAUGAUGGCCUGGCGCUGCGUGCGCCUGGAGGAGAUUGUAGUGCACGGCUACCUGAUGGAUCCGCACAAUCUGGUGGGCAUUGCCCGUUUGCGAGGCCGCAAGCUGAAGCGCCUAGAGGUUUCCAUGAUUGACUGGUCCAUGUCUCCGCUGAAUGCCUACAAAGAGGAAAUCUGCUCGCUGCUGGGCCAACAGUGGGCACCCAUCAGAAUAGAUGAACUUCCUCCAUCGCUGUCGUAUGGCCCUGUGGACUAUGAAGUGCGUGAUCAAUUCGUAUACGAGAUGAUGCGCCAGGAUCUCGGCUAGUAAGUGGAUGCAGCAGAAAACUCAAGUAAAAAUAACCAAAAAAUGAAGCAAAGUCAUUAAGUAAAGGCGAGAAACAACCGACAUGACCCGUGAUCAACUCGAGAGCGUAGAAAUUAACUUAAACAUUAUGAAACUUCUAAUUACGUAGCUAAAGCAAAACCUAAAGAUGACAAAAGCAAAGGCUAAAUUGACCCCGCAUAUAGCGUAUAUGUAUGCGUGUAUCCUAAGUUAUGACAAAGUGUGUAAAUGUAAACUGCAAAUUGAUUGGAUUGGCGAGCAUUUUAUAGAAGUUAAAAAUUUAAGUUUUAAAGUUGUAUAAUCAAAAUCGCUAUCAAGUUUCGUUCGUUGGACAGACGAGAGGCGAAAGGCGAAAGGCGACAGCUGGGAGCUAGAGAAUGUUAGGAGCAAAGCAAAAAGACUUGAGCAAGCCACAAAUCAAUGUAAUUUAUUGUAAAGCAAAUGGGCAGAAUGUGUUUGUUAAUAACUGCUAGAAAAAAACAUCAUUUUAUAAGCAACAAGAACUGUGAUUCAAAGCAAAAGCAAAAGCAAAUGCGAUUACGAAUACGAACAUGAACACGAACACGAAUCGAAUGCAAGAGCGAGAGAGCCAAGUGUGAGCAUCAGAAACCACAACAACAAACACCAAGAAAUUGUUAAGUGAAUUGAUUGUCUAGUUAGCUAAGUUUAAAGAUGUAACCAAGUAGAGUGGUUUGGUGGAGAAAGUGGCAAAGAAAGUGACUUUGUGAAACCAAGUACGACCAAUGUCAAAUUGUUUGCUCAAAAAUGCAAUUGGCACAAAUUGUUAACCUCUGUAAUAAUGUGAAUAUGUAAAUGUGAACACGGCGCUCAAAUGUGAUAAACUGGAUGACAAAGAACAUGACACGACAAAAGGGCAAACCACAACAAAUGUAAUAACAACAACGAGAGUACGAUCCUCGUUCGCUAAGCGCCGCCGCCAUUUGUCUAGUUUUCAAGUGAUAUUAUGACAGCAAAAGAAAGAAAAGGACAGACACCCACACACACACAGACACAGACACAAGACAACAUACACACUCACAGAGAGACACUCACGUAUACAAAUAUAUAGAGUAUAUAUAAAUAUUGUAAUAGCCAAAUAUCUAAGGGCUAAAUGAUGCUGCCGUUUACUGUCCAUGCGAUGCAAUGCGUGUUCACGGCCUAAGGCAAAAGCAAUAGCAACUAGCAAUAUGGCAAAGGCAAUGGCAAUGGCAAAAUGUAAAACCCACAACCAACUUUUAAGUAUUUUGUAGCACCGGCAUUAAUUUAUACAACUAUAUGUACUACUACUACUAUAUUUUACCUAUGUUUGCACAAAACAGCAGCGUAUUGUCCAGAGCUCAACGCGAUAGAUCGUACUGCUGGUGCUCCCAAAUGUUUGCUCACCGAACAACAAGUACAACCACAACGACAACAACAACAACAAAAAUGGUACCUGAAGAUCAUGUUGAGCAUUUAGAGAACAACAAGAACAACAAACAAACAACAACAACAAGACACAAAGCACUUGCUCAAAUUUAACAAUCUAAACAAAACAAAAUCUAUUGAAACAGAAGACUGAACCGACAAAGAAACACUCACAAAAAAAGUGCGUUGACUAUGCUUGUCGUAGCGAGGGAGUGGAGGGGAGAGGAAGAGGAAGAGGCAGCACCGAGUUCUUGGACAAGCCGCAAACAACAAAAAACAACCACAAAUGCGAUCUCAAAGACAACUCUUACAACUAUCCAAUCGACCAUCUAUAUUUGUAUGUAAUCUGUAUGUAUCUGUAAACAACCUAUGCAUGUAAACAUUUUUUGUUAUGGAUUGCAGUAGCGAAUAUUAAUUUGUAAAUCACAGGGAAAACCAAGCAAUCUAUGCAUGUAUGUAAUGCUAAACAACAACUGUAGUUAAUUUAAGUCUAGUACAUACCAACCGCGCAACAACCAAGCGACAAAACAACAACCAAAUGUGAUAAAAGUGUCAUGCUGCUUCCGAAAAGAACGAAAAGAACAUCCAGUGCCAUCCAGCACACAUGAAUGAAACCGAACCGAACCGAACCGCACCAGUUGGUGAAUGAUCAAGCGAUCGGUCGGUCGUUCGGCGGUCGGUGCGUCAAUCAAUGGAUUUAUUCAGUUACAAUCAAACGUAUGAAGUAUGAAGAGUAUUAUAAUUUUUGUGUUACACUAGAGUCACUUCCAACAACGCUGCUGUACGCGUAACGUAACGUAACGUAACGUUCUUUUUGUAUACUUACUACAACAACAGCAACAACAAAAAUAUAUAUUUUAUAUGCCAUUUAUUGUAUUUAAAUUUAAAUUCGAGAGGAGAGAAGGAAACCAAUUUUUGUAAAUCAUUCCACAAAACACACACAAAUGUAAAUCAUUGUAAACCCACAAAGCAAAAUGCGAUUUAUGCUAGCCAGCAGCAACAAAAAUGCAGCAAAAACAACAAAAAACAGUAACAACAAUGUUUAAGAUAAGUGUUGAGAGCAGAACGAGAGGAGACAGAAGGAAGGAACACCAACGAGAAGCAAGCAUGUUAUGUAUAUGUAUAUGAAAUGAGUAUAUAAGAGUGAAAGAAAAACCCUGAUGUAAAUGAAUGUGUGUACACACCAACGAGACGAUACUAAGGGUAGUGGUGUGUGGUGAUCCCGGGGGGGAAAGAAAGACGAUAAAAAAACAAACAAACAAACAAAAACAGCCGUGCAUUAACAACAAGAUUUAUAAAUGUACAACAAUAUGUACAUACAUAUAUGCAAGUUAUGCUUAAAAGUUAUGAGAGCAAAAGUGAAGUGAAGAAAGCUGUGAUAAAAAACAACAAGAAGGAAAACCAGAAGAACACACCAACACUAAAAACAACAACAACAACCACUAUUACAACAACUACAACAACAACAGACAACAACAACAAAAGAACAAGAAAAAAGCCAAUGCGAAACAUGUGCGACCAACAAAAGAAUGUUAACAACUUUUCCAAAACAAAACAAAAACAAAA